AAGGAAAUUACGGAAGUACCACCACCACCCUGCGCAGCGUUCUCCUGUACCCUCACCGACGCGACACCACCCCGCCCCCCCUUAUCCACGGAGGCGGCCUCCUCCUCCGCCCAGCGCCGCCGCUCUUGGUCCGCCGGACGCGCGGGUCACCUCCCACGGAGGGGAAAGGCCUCAAUUUAGGCUGUUCAACUAUUCCUUGAGAUGUUGGCACAUAGUCUAGCAAUCAAUCCUUCAAGGGCUGCUCGAUGUCCGGUUACUUCGAGGGCGUCGAGUGCACCCUUGGGACUUGUCUCUUCGUUGGCCUUCAGCAGGGGACGUAAGGAAAGUGUUAAACUUUUCAUCAAUGUGGAUAGAUACACAAAGUAUAGUACUCCUUUCUGUUAUGCACCGCGAAACACCAGAAUCACACCGCUUGCUACUGCAUCAUUUGGUGACACAGCUGACUCGUCAACUCCCAUCUUUCCUAGAAUCCAUGUGAAGGAUCCCUAUCAGCGACUUGGAAUCAGCAGGGAAGCAUCUGAAGAAGAAAUUCGAGCUGCCAGGAAUUUUCUGAUAAACAAGUAUGCAGGGCAUAAGCCAAGUGUUGAUGCAAUUGAGUCUGCCCAUGACAGAAUCAUCAUGCAGAGUUUCUCUGAUAGAAAAAAACCAAAAGUGGAUCUCAAGAAAAAGUAUAGGGAACUUACUCAGUCACGUCCAGUCAAGGCUAUUCAGGGAAGAUUUCAAACACCUUCUAGUAAAGUGAUUUGGCAGACAGCAAUAACUUUUGUAUUGCUUGGAGUGCUUACCCUUGUUUUCCCUACUGAAGAAGGGCCAACUCUCCAGGUGGCCAUCUCUUGUGCAGCAAAUAUCUAUUUCAUUUAUCAGAGGCUGAAAAGUGGAUGGCGAACAUUCUUUUAUGGGUUCGGAUCCUUCUUUGCUUCCUGGUUCCUUGCCACAUUCUUGAUGGUUUCUGUAAUUCCGCCUAUACUGCCUGGUCCAAGAAACUUGGAAGUGAGCACUGCAUGUGUUACUUAUGCACUCCUUUUUGUAUCAUCGGCCUUCCUGAAGUAGGAAAUCUCCAUGUUGUCAUUUUCUUGUUAGCCACUAGUCUUUCAACAAUCAAAAUGAUUCCCACUUAUAAUAGCUUGUACAAUCCAUCGGCAUCUUCCUUUUUUCAGAGUUUUUUUCAGAAGUGGAAAUGUAGUCCUUUGCUGGGUUGCUAAUAGUUAAUAUAAGGUUGUAGUGUGAGGUGUAGAACAUUUUUUUGCCCUGGCCCUUGAGAGAGUUUGAUACCUCCUCUAGAUAUUCUCAAUGCUGUAUUAAAUACAGUUGGUUUUGAGAUAGAUAAUAUGAGAUACUACCUCCGUUUCAUGUUAUAAGACUUUCUAGCAUUACCCACAUUCAUAUAAAUGCUGUCUAGAUUCAUUUACAUAUAUAUGAAUGUGGGCAAUGCUAGAAAAUCUUAUAAUAUGAAACGGAGGAAGUAACAUUUAUGUGGAUUAAAAUGUGAGACUAAGUUCAAUCCAGUAAUCGUCUUUUUGGA